AAAUAAUUAUUAUCAUAUACAUAUAUUAAAUAACGAAUGAUAAGCAUGAACUAAUAUUUAAAUAGUAUUACGUAUUUGUGAAUUGUCAAAUGGUCACUUAAUAUAAUACAGUAAUUUUUAUUAGUGAAUUAAGUAUUUAGCAGAAUGUUGACAUUAGGAAUGUAUGAAUUAACUCAUCCUGAAUCAUUGUCAGAUUCUGAACUUAAGGAAAUUUUAGAAAAUAGAUGUAUUGACUUCAGUGAUUUUAAAAAUUUAUCUAGAUUUGAAUUAAUAGAACUAUAUAAACGGGUAGCAUUACCAUUACCUCAAAGACAUUCUGAAAAUAUGCAAAAUUUAGAAAUAAAAGGACAUAAUGAAGCAACACAUUUUGAUAAUGAAUUAUAUAGAAAUUCAAUUUCAUUGAAUAAUACAAAUAGUACAAAAAUAUGUAUUAAUGAAACAACAAAAAUGCUUGAAUCUUCUUAUGUGAGAUCAAAAUCUUCUACAAAUGAAAUUAAACAAACUUCUAAGAAAAUACGUUUGAAUAAUUCAAAUAAUUUUACAAAAUGUAAUGAUAUUGACAAACAUGUUAAUGAUGAAAAAUAUGAUGGAGCACCAUUGAAGAAAAGACAGAAAAUUACAUGGCCAUAAUUUUGGAAAAUAUAUAUUUAUUUAUAUUAUUAAUUAUUUAAUAAAACAAGAUAUCUAUAAAAUUUUAUAUAAAA